GGGCAGGCCGGAGCGGGGCGCGCGCAGCAUGGCGGAAGCGGAAGGGAGUUCGCCACUCCUGUUGCCGCCGCCGCCGCCACCCCCGCCCGGGAUGGCGGAAGUGGAGGCGCCGACGGCGGCCGAGACGGACAAGAAACAGUUUAGCUGUGCUGGCAGCGGCGUCAUGGACGUGGAGCGGAGCCGCUUCCCUUACUGCGUGGUGUGGACUCCUAUACCGGUGCUCACGUGGUUUUUCCCCAUCAUUGGCCACAUGGGCAUCUGCACAUCCACAGGAGUCAUUCGGGACUUUGCUGGCCCCUACUUUGUGUCGGAAGACAACAUGGCCUUCGGGAAGCCUGCCAAGUACUGGAAGCUGGACCCUGCUCAGGUAUAUGCUAGUGGGCCCAAUGCGUGGGACACGGCUGUGCACGACGCUUCUGAGGAGUACAAGCACCGCAUGCACAGUCUCUGCUGUGACAACUGCCACUCACAUGUGGCCUUGGCCCUGAACCUGAUGCGCUACAACAACAGCACCAACUGGAACAUGGUGACUCUCUGCUUUUUCUGCCUGCUGUAUGGGAAGUACGUCAGCAUCGGCGCCUUCGUGAAGACCUGGCUGCCCUUUGUCCUCCUCCUGGGCGUCAUCCUAAGCGUCAGCCUGGUCUUUAACCUGCGGUGA